UUUCCAGAUCCAGGCCCUUGCCCAAAAAGCGGUUCCGGUUUAGUGGUCGCCAUCUUGACUGGGUUCCUAUCGUGAGUGGGGUUCGAACGGUCUCAGCUGGGUCCUAGCGCCAGGCGUGUAACCGUAAUUAACAAUGGGGUUUUUAGCAGCUUCACCCAUUCCCAGCCACAGCUGACCUAUGCAGCCUCGAGUUGCCAUGGGCCUUGGAUACAUUCAGUUGAGUGGCUGUGGCUGCAACUCCUGAUACGUAGAAGAGCUGAACUUCUCGUUUUGUGUCACUUCAGCCCUGAUUUCUCAUCUGUGGCUGCUCAACGUGGAGAAGAGUUGAGGAUUGGGAGAAGCUGAUUUGUGAAUGGCAAAUGCAAAGUAAACAUCACUAGUCAGGAUCUGAUUAUCAUCAGCUUUUCAAUGUGGAAAUAGAAAUGCUUGCCUCUUCUGUCUGUUGGGGAAAACUUCAUCGUGAGACACAGAAACACCCAAAUGAGAAUGUUACCGUGCACUGACUGUGUAAAGAGCUUUAACCAAUUACGAUGCCUGAAUAAGCAUUCCACCAUUCUCAACCCAGAGAAAUUACACGUUUUUUUAUGUAAAAGAGGUUUCAGCAAAUCAUCCAACCUGGAGAGACACAAAGACACCAGCACCAUGGACAAACCAUGGAAAUGUGAGUACUGUGGGAAGAGAUUCAGUUGGCCAUCCCAGCUGGAAAUACAUGGACGCACUCUCACGGGGGCCAGGCCGUUCACCUGCUCCAAGUGUGGAAGAGGAUUCAGAGAGUCAUCCAACCUGCUUGCUCACCAGCGGGUUCACACUAAUGACAGACCUUUUAAAUGUUCAGACUGUGGAAAGUGCUACAAAUGUUCUGGUGACCUGAUGUCCCAUAAACGUGUUCACACCAAUGAGAAACCUUUCAGGUGCUCUCACUGCAAGACUGGAGUCAGAAAAUCAUCUGAACUCUGUGUACAUCAGCGCACCCACACUGGGGAGAGGCCAUAUACCUGCUCUGCAUGCAGGAAGGGAUUCAUUAAUUCAUCCAACCUGUUGAGACACCAGCGAGUUCAUUCUGUGAAGAGAACUUUUAAAUGUUCUGACUGUGAGGAGACUUUUAAAAGUAGCAAUAACCUGCUGAGACACCAACGCACUCACACUGGAGAGAAGCCAUUCACCUGCUCUGUGUGUGGGAAAGCAUUUACACGAUCAUCGACCCUGGUCACACACCAGCGAAUUCACACUGGGGAGCGACCAUUCACCUGCUCCAUGUGUGUAAAGAAAUUCACAUGUGCAUCUCACCUUCUGAAACACCAACGCACUCAUACAGAGGACAGGCCAUUUACUUGCUCUGUUUGUGGGAAGGGAUUCACUGAGUCAUCCAAUCUGCUGCAACAUCAGCGAGUUCACAACUGACUGGGAGUCAGAUUCUGACAGUAUUGCUGCUGGUCAUUACAGCCAGGACUGAACUAGCAAGUUGAUCUUGAGGAGAGCAAGAAGUGCGUUCCAGCCAUUUUCUUCCAUGGCACAGAAAUCCUAGCCCUUGAUCAGAAAACCCUUUUACAAUUGUGUAUAAAGUCAGAAAUAACAAUGAUGAAAGCUGGAAAUGUGCUAUCAAAUCAAAAUUUAUGUAGAACGAUGACCUUUCCUGGCUGGAAGUUAAUGGGCACAUUUCUGCUUUCCCUACAUUAGUAAACACAAAACUGGAACAAAACCUUCCAUUGCUAAUAUGGCAUCUCUCAGCCUUCUCUUUUCCAAGGAAAAGAUCUUCAGGCUUUCCUAGUGAGUAUAACCUAUUCCUUCAUGUGAUAUUUGUGGUUGAACUUUUACUUUCCUAGCCUUUGCGAAUUACGACACAUUCAGAAAUGUUUCAGAUCUGAGGGGUUCAGAUUGGAAUAUUUAUAUUUACAUCAUUCUCUCUGUGUCUGUUGGCUUAACCACUUAACCAUAGGAGUUUGCUGUUAGUCUGUUGUCGAUCAACCAACAAGCAUUUAUUAGCGAAGCACAUUCCACUAAAAAAGAGAACCAAUUUUUCUCUUGCAUCUUUUAGAUCUUUCUGCUGUUUUAUCCCGCUAACAUUUUAAAUCAAACCCAUACACCUCAGUGAAUAGAGUUUAUAUUUUUAAAAAUGCGGAACUGAAUGUGUGCAUCAGUGACAGAGGAAAUACAAACAUAACUGCUGAGAAUGAGAAGAGCUCAGCAAAACAAACACCUGGAAAGUAAGGACAUCCCCAACUUGACUGUGAGCACACAGCUCAUGAAAGAUUAAAAAUAGAACAGAAUUAUUGAAUGAAACACCUCCCAGUACUCUGUGUACUUAACUAUCUAGUGAACUCUUAAUAUUUGCGAACUAUGCUUAGUCACUUAGAAGUGAAAAGUUUUAAAAGCUCAGUUAAUUAUCACUAAACAAUUGAGUAUUAAAACUCUAAGAAAUGGGAGAAUUUAAGAAAUAGCGGAAAACGCCAAUUAUAAUUUAUUUUCCCAUUAAUUUGGAAGGAUUGGGAAAGAAAUUUUUUUCCAACUCCCAUACCAAGUGUUCAUGACACUCUUGUUUAGUUGGAGGACUGAGCAUGAACAGCCGUUCCUCCAACCUUUUGGGGUGUCUGAGGAGUGGGACUGGAUCUGGAGCUCCCCUAUUGGCUGAAACUCUGCCUCACUUGGAAACUGUUUGUGAUUUUAAACCCUGUGCGGCUGGAGCAGACAUUUCAAAGCUUUGUUUACACUUUAAACCAGGCAGAUUGCCUGUGAUUGGCAUUGACCUGAAAAAUUAACCACCUAAUGGCUGAUGCCUAUAUUUUUUUGAGUUGAAACAGGUACGGCAUCUGUAUAUGUUUUGCCUGUCAACAAAUAACAGGGUCUUGUGUACUAACACACAUGGAUUCCAGUGCAUGCAAAUGGACCACACUGUGAGCUGGACUGACAACUCUAAAUUGAUUGUCAGUGUAAUUCUUAGCAAUUAGCAACUGUAAUUCAUAACUAUGAAAUACUUUGAAAAUGUUGUCAAAUUGCAGAAUUACAUCUAAUGCUGUCGUUUGCAUUUUACAAGCAUGGACUAGUUGAGUAUGGUCAGUACCUUGCCAUUGCAAACAUUCAAAAGGAAAUGCUGUUUGAUACGAUCAGCCAGUCUUUGGGAUUAUGGCAGACAUGCCUAGCAUCACACAUAUCCCAUAUUACACAUUUAUGUGAUUGGCAGAACAUUUUUUGGUUGGACAGCAGCAUUCCAGUACUGUUGAACACCAAUCCUGUAAUUCUGAAUGGCAGUAGCAGUUUGAAUCAGCUGGUUUCAUUUAAUGCUCAAAAAUUUAAGAUACCUUGCCAUUUCAGAGUAAUCUGAGGUACACAGGGCACUUCUGAGUUUGGAAUGUGAUAGCUUCUCGUUUGUCAUUUGGUGUAAGUUUGGAAAGAGAUUCACUCACUCAUCCAAUCUGCUAAGAUACCAGCCAAUUCACAAGUUACUUGCGUGACAGAGAUUUGCUGCUAAGCACAUUUGGAGAUGAACAGUGUUCAUUGAGGUCUGUUUCUGAUAAUAUUGGAUAAAUCUCAUCCCAGUUAUAGGGAUUAAUAUCCUCAAUAAAAGUCAAAUCAUUCAAAUAUGUUAAACAUACAGUGUGUUUAAACUGCUUCUACAAUUGUAGUACAAUUGAUUUGCUGUCAACACAAGGCCUAUCUGCUCUAGUAGUGCAAGAAGUGAUUGGGAAAGGUUUUCCAGUUGGUUACUUUUCAGACCUAGUCAACCCCAUAGAUUGACAAAUACCUCCGUGUACUCAACAUAUGUUCAGUAUUCACUGUUUAUUUCAGGACAGAGUACCUCAAAGUUUAAUUCAGUAAAUCUUCACAUCCCAUAUCCUGUCAUGACAUUAUUAACGUGGGGCCAAGUUAACUCAGAAAUAAUGCAACAGCGGAAGAAAUGCAACAUUUGUACAUCUCUAAACACUUAAACUCCAGUCAGAUGGUUGACAGGGAGCUGUUGAUAUGGUCAAGAUCACUGUCUUGCCUGCCGCGCUCAUCAUCAAGCUCUCCACUCCUGUUCACUCUCUUGUCACUGCUCAAGACAAUUUGGCCAAAUCAGAUUGUUCCCAUGACUGGGAUCCCACUCCCUUUCGCUACUCAUCAGACUCAGGAUCAUCAGAUCUGUUUCUUCAACCCUCCAAAAAACCUCCGCAUGGUCCCUGGUACAGGCAGUGGAAAAGAUUGUGUUACACAUUUUAAUACACCAGGGACAACCACCCAAUCCUUAUAUUAUUUAUGGACCGUAAAGUAACAUUUAAACCAUUAAAAGGAGCUCACCGGUGAGACCAAACAGGAAAGUCCACAUGAUAAAAUUAAAGAUCAAAGUACAGGGGAUCUAGGAUAACUUGAUAAGUUGGAUACAAAAUUGGCUGACUGAUGAGACAGUGGGUGAUGGGAGGAGGCUGUUUGUGUGACUGGAGGCCAGUGU